UUACCGGACUAGAGAUUAAUCGGAAUAAGCCAUAAAAUUACAAAACUAGCUUUAGCUUUGAAGCAAAAAUCAUCUGCUGAUCAGCGAGCGACCAUUGAGAACAUCGUUUUAAUACACAGUAUUCCUAAAUAUAACAAAAAGUAUGUUUUAAUCAAGUGUUCUACUUUUCGUUGGAUAGUUAAUUCUGGGUAACUUUAUUGAUAUUAUAAAACGAAAUCUCCAUUUGGCAACAUAUAUAAGUUUGGUUGUUGUUAGACCAUGAUUUUAAGUCUUAAUAUAGUACUUUCCUUAAAAAUUUCCGGCAACAGCGGUAGAAGUUGCAUCAAACUAUCAUGGUCAACCGAGUAAAGCGCUCGGCAACUGUGCCCGUCCGAGAACCCACUCGAGAUUUGGCUGUUGUCGGCAGCAGGGCUAACUCGGUUCGGGAAUCCGCUCGCUCAGGAAGUGACCGAAAGUCAAGAAACGACACCAAUCGAAGUAAAAAUAACAACAAGAGCGAUAGAAGCAACAACAACAACACCAACAACAACAACAUCGGCAACAACAAAGUCGACCAAAGCAACAGACGAAGGGUGUCCGUAUCGGAGGAACGACAACCAGAAGUGAAGGUAUCAUCGGUGCUGAAGUCGAACAGGUCAAGGCCAUCUGUUAAGAGUGAAGGUGGUAGGUUGCUGACUCACCGGACAGAGCAGAAAAAGCUGGUGUUCAAAGUGGAUGAUUUGGCGCCUAACUGUAUCAGAAGAAUUCUAUUGGAACGAGGUUGGGUCGAACAUGUGAGUGGGGCUACAGGGGCUGGGUCUGUGGAGGGGGAGGGGAAGGACCUGUGGCACCUGUACUGGAAGGCGGCCAAGUUCAGUGGGAGUGACUAUGACUUCCUCCUCUCCUGGCAGGUCAUCAACCACUUCCCAAAGACAUUCAACAUCGCCCAGAAGGACUGUCUCGCCAGGAACCUCAAAAGAAUGCGAGCUGUCUAUGGUCAAAGCCUAUUUGACUUCUUCCCGCGGACUUACAUUUUGCCUAACGACUACCCGAAGCUAAUCGAUCAGUAUAUUGAAAACGACAGGUGGACAUCAUAUAUACGACAGCAAAUGAGUCGCUCGGCUAAAUUCAGCGCUAAAGCACGUUCGGCUUCCGGUGGAUCUCGAGGCGGCUCCGCGGCUUCUGGGGACGGAAAGUCGGCAAAAGAUACGUCGGGAUCCGAAAACAUAAAAUUGAAUCCGAAGAAGCGAAAACCAAUUUGGAUCACAAAGCCAGCCCAAAACUCGCAAGGAAAAGGCAUUAAAAUACUAGACGACUUGGCCGAGCUGAGAUUUGAUUCGGCGACUGUGGUUCAGAAAUAUAUUGAGAACCCGAUGCUGAUUUCGGGAUACAAGUUCGAUUUGAGACUCUAUGUUGUCAUCGCUAGUUUUCACCCGCUCACAGUCUAUCUUUACAAGGAGGGGCUGGUUAGGUUUGCGACUGACAAGUUCAGCAUGGACAAUCUGACCAAUGUGUACUCUCACUUGACCAACACCAGCAUCAACAAGUCUAGUCCCACCUACUCCAAGACCAAGGAACACGUAGGACCAGGUUGUAUUUGGGCUCUGAGUCAACUAAAGAGUUACUUUGAGAGUCAGGUGACCUCAGAGUUCAAGGGGGACAGACUGCCCGCAUUCACAUGGCACAAGAUCACCAACAUCAUCACCCUCACUCUGCUGGGCUUAUCCGACCACAUUCCCACCCAGGCCUACAACUGCUUCGAACUUCUUGGCUUCGAUAUUCUCAUCGACAAAAACAUGAAGCCCUGGCUGCUAGAGGUCAACGUCAGUCCUGCUCUUACCACAGACACUCCCCUGGAUGCAUACGUCAAGUUGGGAGUGCUCCAGCAUACUGUUUACUUAGUCGAAAAACUAUUUUUCGGAGAACUAGAAGAAGAAAUUAACAAGAAGAAAAAUUUGUCCAGAAAGAGAGGCGAUAACUCUUCAGUAGCGUACAAAGCAACUGCCAGUUUAACCAGUUCGAAAUCAUUACCAGCCGGCUACCACGCCUCCGGAUUCUACAAACCAAGAGUUGGGAUUUUUUCUCGGUCGAGAACAUCAAAGGCGUUGCCAUCGGCUUUGGGAGACCUUCGGCUUAUUUUCCCAUUCAAUGAAGCGUCCAGGUUGGCGACAUGUUUUGAGAAACACGACAUAAGAACUGCAAUAUUAGAAAUUUCCAAGAGAGACUCUUUUGUCCAGCGCAAAUUGCAGACGUGGAGUGCUCGAAGACGAGGCCCAAACCAGACGAAGUUGGACAAUCUUUUGCUCUGGUGUCCUUGAUAUUAGGUAUAA